AUGUUUCCGUGGUUCCCGUUUGUUUUUCCUCAGGCUAGCAGGAGUAAUCGAAGGACGCGAGAACAUAUUCCUGUUGGGGCGUUUAUUGAAGUCCGUGUAGUUUCUAGUCCAGGAUCUAUUGGAAGCAGCGAAUCCAGCUUUAAAGCUUCAGAAACUAGCGAAUCUUCACGGUUACAAAUUUGUUAUAAAAUGAGGUCUGCAGAGGAUGUCAGAACAAAAGCAAACGAAACAAUUUUGAUGCCAAAUUCUAAUUCACAUUCAACAGAAUUAAUUGAUAGCAGAAAGGCUUGUUCUUCAACAAUUCCCAGAAAACCUGUAGAUAAUCUCAAUGCUCAGUUUUUUUGUGAAAAAUCAACGCGGCAAGAUGACUUAAAAAAGAAUAUUUUUGAAAGACAAUCAUCUCUAAAUGAUGAAAAUAAGCAAGAGACUACAAAUGAUGAAAAUAAAGAAUCAUCCAAGAAAGUAGGCGGUUAUACCAGGCCAAAAACAAGUAAGCGCUAUGAUUUUUAUUGAAGUUUGACUAAUUGUAAGGUCUAGAAUUUUACGGAAUUUUGGUAAACCAAGGAUUUGGCCCUCCUUUUCUUCCCCAAUUUCUUUCCCUUAUGUGUAGAAAUAAAAGAUUUUUUUGCAAUGUGUCUAAUUAUUAGAGCUGUCCAACAUUUAAAAUUUUCCAAGACUCGAAACCAAGACUACACCCCAAAACCAAGGUCGAAAAAACCCAAGAAAAGACUUG